UCACAGGCGCCCACACAUACUGGGAGCUGACAGAACUGCUCCCUUCAGUUUCAGUUAGGAUGCGAGAGAUGAAGAUGUUGAGAAAGACGAUGGGGAAGCCAACGAUUCUAAUGGUCUCCGCGGUGUUGCUUUUGAAUGUCGAGUUCAGCCUGGAGGUGUGGAGAUACAGAAAUAUCAUGGAUGAUGAACUUUUAUUCAUAACCAAAGCCUCUAUUCUUCUAGAGUAUGAGGGAUCCUCCUUCACAGAGUGGAGCUACCCAGAAUUCUGUGAAGUGGACAAUAAGAACUCUCCCAAAGCAGUCCUGACAUGCAGGAUUGCUGGAUACCAUAAGGUUAAACCAUUAGUCUCUGAAAAUGCUUUUGAGGAAGAGGAAAGGCACCUUCACAUCGGGGACUCCUUUUUUUGUUUUUCAUGGUAUGUAGCAAAGGCGCCAGACAGCAGCUCAGAAAAAGCAACACAAAUGCAGAUACUGAGAGUGUGGGUGAUGGAUCCCGAGAAUGCCGAUCCUGCUGAAAUCAAUCAGACAGCACUUUCCCCCUCAGUACAAUCUUCCUUCAUCAGUAAGCAGUUCUUCACCCUGGGGCAGGAUCCUAUAAUUAAAUGGUCUCCAACAAAGUCAGUCCAAGGGGAUUUUAACUUUGUAAAGGGGUACUGGGAAAUCCACCUCACAGACAACGAGGUGCAAAGUUUGCCGAACUUCUGGAUUGAGGGGAAGGCGGUGGGCUAUCAGAACUGCUUCAUCGCCUCCGGCUACCACACCUUCCACGACGUGGAACCCCUGCUGCCCCCUGGGGGCCGGGAGGUGCCCCUGCGCCUGCCUCGGGGCAGCCAGCUCUCGGUGGCCUGGGAGAGCUGCUCCCUGAGCACCGCGCUGCUCCUCUCGGACUUCGGCACCUUCAUCACCCACGACGCCUUCGGCACCCUGGCGGAGAUCCUGGUUGCCCCCCACCUGCUGGCUGCCCCUGCCGAGGGGCACUUCACCUUGACAGACGCGGUCAUCGUGGAGGGCAGCAUCCUCUUCCUCAUGGACGGCUCCGUGUACUGGAGGAGCUACGACAGGCUGCUGAGGAAGAGGGAGGAAGACCUGCCCAGCAGCGGAGUGCGGGGGCUGCAGUACAGGCCUACCUGCUGGCAGAGUUAUCCGCUUCGGGACAUAGAACUAAGCAUCAUCGCAGUGUGGACAGAAGACCAGUUGUAUCUGGGCAAAUCGACUUUUUACAAGAAGGCGGACCGAGCCCUCUUGGCCCAAAUCUUGCGCCUUCCCUCUUCCUGUAACGUCACCAUUCCCGCUGUAGCUUUUGGGUCCCGCCCUCCUGAGGUUGGCGUGCUGGUGGAGGCCUGUGGCGCGCACGACUCCUCUGAUGCCAGGCUGUUCCUCGUCCUCUACGACGAGGAGGCAGGCUCCUGGUUCCAGAGCGCCUUUCUGGCAAAGCUGAAGCCGGGCUCCCUGUCGCAAGGCCCCUUCCGCCUGAGGUUCGUCCAGUCCGCCCUGCCCUCCGUGCUGCUCUGGAACAAGGAGGCCCUCUAUUACAGCUCCCGAAACAACAGCGAGUACGGCCUCCUUCGCACCCCCCGCUCAGCAAACCUCACGGCGGAGUCUGGCGGCAGCAGCAUCCACCAAGUCAUGUUGGAUCUGUCCUGGAACGUGGUGGUGAAGAUGGAGAACAACGCCCUGUAUUUCUGCAAGGUGGGCAUGGACGAGCUGGUCAGGCUGCACAUGUGGGAGCGGCCCGGCACCAACAUGGCCCUCUACCUCGGGCCGAAGGGCCAGAUGAAAGUGCUGAGGCAGGUGGAGUCGGCCAUUGAGGUCCACAGGUACCCUCUCAGCAUGGAGGUGAAGAGCGCGGUGCUGGGCACAGCCCACACAUGCACCUACUUCACCUUCCAGCACAGCAUGGACAUCCCAGCCUAUUACCUGGACAUGGGGGAGCAGAUGGAGCUGUGGGCUCAGAUCGUCUACCCCGAAAACAUGGGUGUGAACAUACAGAUCUCCGGGCACAGGCUGGACCUGCUGCACGUAGCCACCCGAACACGCUUCGAGAUAGCCAGUCAAGUCUGCACAAAGAACACGACAAUUAAACUGUACCAUUGGCGGGACUACAGCAAAUCAGAGAACUACAGAGAAGAAGUAAGCCAAACAAGUGGCAUUGUCACUCUGGAGGUGGUGCCAAAUUUACCAGGCAACACCUGCAACCUGCCUUCCAACCGGAUAUCACACAUUAAAGUUGGCUGUCCUCCAAAAAGACACAUACGCAUCAGUAGGCCAUGGGGAACUCUUUGUGAAAAACUUGAUUUAAAAAACUACAGCAUUCCUGGAUCGGUGCUGAGCAAUCCACAGGAUCAGGAUCUCGUGGUUGACUAUGACUGGGAAUACCUUGGCUGUUUGUUCAGGAUCUACUAUGCAACCCCUUUUCUGCCAGGCAUAGACCUCUAUGACGGUGACACCUUUUUAAAAAGUGUUGAAGCCAACUUCAUAGUCUGGGAAGAAAAUGGCAGAACAGACUACUCCUUCAAUGCCUCCAUGGAGACGGUGGGCUGCCUUCGUGAGGCACAGACUUGGAGCUCCAUGCUGGCAGGAAACGGGAGUUUCUCAUCAAGCACACCAGGAGAAGCCUGGGGACCACAUAACUACAGGAGCUGUUUUGAGGUGACCCCUGGUGUGCUGGGGGAGCUCAGCCAGCCCUAUGAGAUCCUCAACAGAAGUGGCAACAACUUCAUCACCUGGUCUCAGGUGCAGAGUGGCAUCUAUGUGUUCAGCGUCAAGAUCCUGGAUCCAAACUUCAGUUUCUGCGACCUGCAAGCUGUAUUUGCUGUACAGACCUAUGGGGUUGUCACAAGCAAUUUUGGAGUAUUUACCGGAACUACAGCAAUGAUGGUCACAUUGAUUGUUACUGGGGUAUUGAUCUGCACCUACUUUCGAUACAUAAAAGUUUUUCGGGAAAUGUUAAAUAACCCAGUUGUAGACAAACAGUAAUGUUAAAUAUCCCACUUAACUGUGUGAAGGCAAACAGUGAUGAUUAGCUUGUCACUUGAAGGAAAUGGAUGGAUUGUUAUUCAUAAUAAAAAAAUGAACAUUUCUUCUUAUAUAGAGAUAACUUUGAAUGUACAAGAAAGGUUUUCACAAGUGACAUGAAUUUGUUACAGUUAAGUUGUACAUUUAAUAGUUCAAUAAAGUACUCUUUUCUCCAUUAA